AUGGCCUCCUGGUUCGGCUGGAAUGAGCCGUACUACCGGAGCCCUCGCAGGGACCCGGCCGACGUGGUCACCGACACCCUGAUGCUGGAGUUCAGCUGGCAGCUCAAGGAGGCGGAGCGGCAGCACAAAGAGAGGGAGAGCGAGUACAGGCGGCUGAAGACGGGGGUGGACUACAGCUGGCUGGCCAGCACGCCGCGCUCCUCCUUCAGCAUCAGCACCGCGGAGAGGCUGGCCCUGGAGGAGCUCUGCUCCAAGGUGCCGCCGUCCUGCUGUGGGCUGGUCAUCCUCAAGUUUAGGGACGUUGUGCAGGCCAACGAGCCAGAUGUGCAGGAGGUUUCCGGCCUGUUCCGCUCCGUCCUCCUGGAGGCGUUGGACCAGCUGAAGGAGGAGCAGGAGGCGCAGCGACUGGCCCGCCAGUGGAACAACAAACGCGCCAUGAGCAUGAACUUCCGGUCCCGGAUCAAGAUCAACCCGUUCGGGAGCACGGUGGGCCUCACCUCGGCGGCGGCCGACGGGACGGGGCUGAGCGACCUGAAAACCGUGUCGGGGGACGUGGAGAAGGGGGCAGACAGAGAGGACAGGGCGCAGAGGGUGUGGAGCAUGCCUGACUUUAGAUACAAAGGGACCGGCGGCAGUAGGGUGGUCUGA